AUGUCAAAUGAGCCGAGUGCUACGGGGACCUCACCUAGGACACCACGUCCCGGGACCCAAAAGUCAUCCGGUGCCGUAACCAAGAAGGGAGAGCGGGCUGCUAAGGAGAAGCCAGCAACUGCCCUGCCUCCAGUGGGUGAGGAGGAGCCAAAAAAUCCUGAGGAAUACCAGUGCUCUGGGAUCCUGGAGACAGACUUCGCCGAGCUCUGCGCACGGUCAGGCUACACGGACUUUCCCAAAGUUGUCACCCGGCCACGGCCCAAUCAGAACUUUGUCCCUUCUGCCUCCAUGUCAGAAAAACCCACCCAAGAGGACCAGCGGCUGUCAGCAUCCUGUAGCCAGAACAGCCUGGAGAGCAAAUACGUGUUUUUUCGGCCCACCAUUCAGGUGGAGAUGGAGCCGGAGGACAGCAAGGCAGUGAAAGAGAUCUAUAUCCGAGGUUGGAAAGUUGAGGAUCGGAUUCUGGGUAUCUUCUCCAAAUGUCUGCCCUCCCUCAGCCAGCUGCAAGCCAUCAACUUGUGGAAGGUGGGGCUGACGGAUAAGACCCUGACCACAUUCAUCGCCCUUUUGCCUCUCUGUUCCUCCACACUCAGGAAGGUAUCUCUGGAAGGGAACCCACUACCGGAGCAGUCCUAUUACAAGCUCAUGGGACUGGACAGCACGAUUGCUCACUUGUCUCUGAGGAACAACAACAUCGAUGACCACGGGGCGCAGCUCCUAGGCCGGGCACUGUCCACACUGCACAACAGCAACCGGACGCUUGUUUCACUGAACCUGGGAUUCAACCACAUCGGAGACGAGGGUGCAGGCUACAUUGCGGAUGGCCUGAGGCUGAACCGCUCUCUCCUCCGGUUGUCCCUGGCGCACAAUCGUAUUCAAGACAAGGGAGCACUGAAGCUGGCCGAGGUCCUGCGCCCCUUUGAGCUGACCCACAGGGAGGUGGUGGAGCGGAGGCGCCUGCUGCUGGAGAAAGGAUCGCAGGAGCGGUCGCGAUCGCCUUCCUCCUCCCGACAUGGGGACUCCAAAACGGAGCGUGAGAAGUCUCAGACGAUGGGGAUCAGCAGUGUUGCUUUGGCGGAGAAGCCAGAAAAGAUGCAGACAGUGAAAACACCUAAGGGCCUGGGCAAGAAAAAGGAGAAGUCAGGGGAAGUUGUAAAGAAGGAAGAGAAAUCGGGCCCCGGGCAGUCACCCACACAAGGAACCCCUAAGAAAGAAGAUGCCUCGAAGGCAGGCAAGGGGAAGGUCACCAUUCCCGAGCAGAAGAUGAGCAAGGGAAAAGGGCCCAAGACGGGGAGCAAAGAGAAGCGCAGCAUCCUCCUGGAGUCCGAGCUGGUUGUUGAAGCUACAGAGAUGGUCAACCCUCUCCUGGAGCCUGUGGAGCACCGAGAUGGGAAAGUUUUCAUGCCUGGGAACAAGGUCCUUUUGCACCUCAACCUCCUCCGAAACCGAAUUACAGAGGUGGGGUUGGAAGGUUUCCUUACUGCCGUGCAAUACCAGGUUCAGGUCUCCAAGCCCAAGAGUUCAUCCAAGGGUCCCUUGGGGCUGCUGUGGCUAUCCUUGGCGAAAAACUGCUUUGACCCACAGUGUCCAACAUACACCAUGAUUCAGGAACUGAUGCUGCCAAGGGACCCUGUGAAGGCCAAGGUCAGGGAGGAGGAGGCCACAGCUACCUAGGCUUCCCAUGGGAGACACCUUGGAUCAGUAUCAGUCUAUUGCUGUGCUAUUCUUUGAAAAUCACUUCAGAACUGUUGGGAACAUUUGGGCUCCUGAGUCUGUUCAUAUUGCCUGGCUAGACAUGGCAGAGUGGUGGCCUGAAUUACACUAUAUCUGUUGGGGGAUGAACUGUAGCUCCUGGCUACAAAGCCACCUCCCGAGUGUCCCAGCAGCACCCCCUAGCCCAUCUCUGCCAGCAUGCACAUAGCUGAUAAUGGAGGGAAUAGGCUUGGAGCUAGGACCCAUCCCCCAGCAUCCUUGCUGCUUCUCUCCAACCCAUGUGCUGCCUGGCUUGUGAGACAAAUGCACUCUGGAGAGGGUACUGUAGCCAUAUUUGCAUACCAAAGGCCAAACAUUAGACAUGGCAGGUCAGCAACUUGAAAUCAUGGACAUCCAAGAGUUGGGACUGCCAGGCUGCCUCUAAAUUUUGGAGAGCCCAUGCUAACCUACAGGGAAUCUCCAACCAAGGUAAAGAGGACAUCUCUUAUCUCUUUCAUCUCUUGGCCCUCUGCUUGCCAACUUGCUGCCUCAGCACUGGCUGCUGAAUGGCUCCAGGGACAUCUCUCUCCUUGCUCUGAGUCCCAGCACUGAUCAUCCAUGAUGGCUUCUCCAGUUACCUCUGCCAGGUCCUCUGUCUUCAGCCCUACUUGAUAACAGCUAUGGCUGUUGUAUGGGAUGCACGGGAAGGAGAGGGAUGAGGGAAGUGAGGACUGUCCUCUUCACGCUGUACAGCUGAGGAAAGGUUAUGAGAUCCCGUUCCUCAUUUGUCUAACCUCUUUUGAGAAGGCACACACCUGAAACUUUGGGAGAGGUGACAAGACCUGGUGUGGGAGGGGCUCUUCUGGCUCCCUCUACUCAUUCUUGACCAGUCACAACCAACAUACCCUGUAUCAGUCUAAGAAUCAUACAGCCACAAUGGAAGAAUAUUUAACUUUUCUUUAAAAAAAACUUAACCAUGAAAGGAAGAAAAUAAGAGUAUACAUUAUUUUAACAGCAAAACAGUCAUUUCCAUAUCUAUAUUUUAUAUAUUAUAUAUAUUUAUAUAUAUGUAUAUAUACACCUAGCACAGUGUGUGUGUUCAUCAGUGGGGAGUGGAGUGAGGGCACGGCGAUGAGCCAAUGUUGCUGUGGCCCCCGGGGAAGGGUCCUGAAUUAACUUGGACUCUGCUUUCUUAGGGUCUGUUUUGAGCUCCUUAACGUACCUGCUGUAUUUGUUUCUAUGGGGCAAAUAGGGAAGGGGUGAGCAUGAGUGAGGCACGGUGCUCCCCACAGGCUCUUCUUAACAGCGCUGGAGUCCGGGAGACCUCCCUGCCUGUGGAACACAGACCAUCACCACCCUGAGCUGGGCUGCUGACUGGCUCUCAUCUUAUUGGUCUCUGACGGGUUGAGCAUUCCAGGGACAGAAAAAAGGCUAAGUUAUUUACAAUGGCAAAAAAUGCACAUACAAUAGACAUAGGACACUAAAGGGACAGAGGAGAGCCAGACACCCAGCUGUCUUGGGCCUAGGAAGAAGGGGAGGAAAAAAGUGCAUUUACACAUAAGCCUUCUCCUUUGUCUUGUACACCUGAGGGUACUGUGCACCCAGUACUCCCCACAUAUGCUACGUAGCUAUGUGGGUGAAGGGGCAGACCACUGUAGGAGACCUACUGCUGUGACCAGCGUGCUUAGGAGACGAAUGCCAUGGAGAUCUGGCUAAUGGGAGACAUGGACACUGGACUCUGUCCAGUGUGAACAGAUCAAGCAACAUGCGGUCUCUCCUUGGUUCUCUGGCGUCUGUCAAGGGGAGGCUUGGGUCUCCUAGUGUUGUGCUCUGGCUCAGGCCAGACUCUGGUAGAAUGGAGAAGCCGAGGCUCUGGUUGUCUGGAUGGCUAUGGUCCUGGUGAUGCAGCUGUGUCUGUGGCACUGUCUUCCAGGCGGGUGUCAGAGCCUGUGGGAGGACGGUGAGGGUUGAGAAGCUGGCUAGGUUUGCAAUGUUCUGUUUCA